UCUCCUCAUUGUCCUUAGACAAAGCGGUCGCCGCCCCCGCCCGGCCCCCUGGUCUCUGUCUCCGUCCCUCCUCCUUUGCUGCCUCUUUCCCUCCUCCUCUCCCUCCCUCCUCCCCUCCCUCCAGUCUCCGGAUCUCCCUCGGUCCCUCUCUCCUCCUCUUCCUCUCUCUGGACGCCCGGCUCCUCCGCACCCCCUCCCCCGGGGGUCCCGCGGCGUUGCUCCCUACCCUCACCUCAAGACAACCAUGGCCACCAUCCCAGACUGGAAGCUACAGCUGCUAGCCCGGCGCCGGCAGGAGGAGGCGUCCGUUCGAGGCCGGGAGAAAGCAGAACGGGAGCGCCUGUCCCAGAUGCCAGCCUGGAAACGAGGGCUCCUGGAGCGCCGCCGGGCCAAGCUUGGGCUGUCCCCUGGGGAGCCUAGCCCUGUGCUAGGGACUGCAGAGGCUGGACCUCCAGACCCGGAUGAGUCUGCGGUCCUUCUGGAGGCCAUCGGGCCAGUGCACCAGAACCGAUUCAUCCGGCAGGAGCGGCAGCAGCAGCAGCAGCAACAACAACGGAGUGAAGAGCUGCUAGUAGAGAGAAAGCCUGGGCCUCUGGAGGCCCGGGAGCGGAGACCCAGCCCUGGGGAGAUGCGGGAUCAGAGCCCCAAGGGAAGAGAGUCAAGAGAAGAGAGACUAAGUCCGAGGGAGACCAGAGAGAGGAGGCUGGGGAUAGGGGGAGCCCAAGAGUUGAGCCUGAGGCCUCUGGAGGCUCGGGACUGGAGGCAAAGCCCAGGAGAGGUGGGAGACAGGAGCUCCCGACUGUCAGAGGCAUGGAAAUGGAGGCUGAGUCCUGGAGAAACUCCAGAGCGGAGUCUGAGACUAGCAGAGUCUCGAGAGCAAAGCCCCAGGAGAAAAGAGGUGGAAAGUAGACUGAGCCCAGGGGAAUCUGCCUACCAGAAGUUGGGCCUGACAGAGGCCCAUAAAUGGAGACCUGACUCCAGAGAGUCUCAGGAACAGAGUUUGAUACAACUGGAGGCAACAGAGUGGAGGCUGAGGUCAGGAGAAGAAAGACAAGGCUACUCGGAAGAAUGUGGGAGAAAAGAAGAGUGGCCAGUUCCAGGGGUGGCUCCAAAAGAGACUGCAGAGCUGUCCGAGACCCUGACAAGGGAGGCCCAAGGCAACAGUUCUGCAGGAGUGGAGGCAGCAGAGCAGAGGCCUGUGGAAGAUGGCGAGAGGGGCAUGAAGCCAACAGAAGGGUGGAAAUGGACCCUGAACUCCGGGAAGGCUCGAGAAUGGACACCCAGGGACAUAGAGGCUCAAACUCAGAAACCAGAACCUCCAGAGUCAGCAGAGAAGCGUCUGGAAUCUCCCGGUGUGGAGGCUGGAGAAGGGGAGGCUGAGAAGGAGGAGGCGGGGGCUCAGGGCAGGCCUCUGAGAGCCCUGCAAAACUGCUGCUCUGUGCCCUCCCCCCUCCCACCAGAGGACGCUGGGACUGGAGGCCUGAGACAGCAGGAAGAGGAAGCAGUGGAACUCCAGCCCCCACCACCAGCCCCUCUGUCUCCCCCACCCCCAGCCCCAACUGCCCCCCAACCUCCUGGGGAUCCCCUCAUGAGCCGCCUGUUCUAUGGGGUGAAGGCAGGGCCAGGGGUGGGGGCCCCCCGCCGCAGUGGACACACCUUCACCGUCAACCCCCGGCGGUCUGUGCCCCCUGCGACCCCAGCCACCCCAACCUCUCCAGCCACAGUUGAUGCUGCAGUCCCGGGGGCUGGGAAGAAGCGGUACCCAACUGCCGAGGAGAUCUUGGUUCUGGGGGGCUACCUCCGUCUCAGCCGCAGCUGCCUUGCCAAGGGGUCCCCCGAAAGACACCACAAACAGCUUAAGAUCUCCUUCAGCGAGACAGCCCUGGAGACCACGUACCAAUACCCCUCCGAGAGUUCGGUACUGGAGGAGCUGGGCCCGGAGCCUGAGGUCCCCAGUGCCCCCAACCCCCCAGCAGCCCAACCCGACGACGAAGAGGAUGAGGAAGAGCUGCUGCUGCUGCAGCCAGAGCUCCAGGGCGGGCUGCGCACCAAGGCCCUGAUUGUGGAUGAGUCCUGCCGGCGGUGACCAUCUUCCAACAUAGGGAUAUACCUCCCUCCUUCUUAUAACUGAAGAUCCUGGAGCCCGGAAGAUUCAGGGCAGACAGACCCUGAUAAUGAGCCUGGCAGGGAAGGGCAACCAACAUCUUGUAACUUGCUUUCCCCACCCUGUUUCUGGGGGCAGAGCCAAUUGCCCAAUUUCUACCCUAAUCCAAAGUCCCUGGUGUGGGUGGGGUUAAACGUGCUGGUGCAUCCUAGGUCAUCCAAGAGUGAGCGCCAAGUCCUGAGAAGGGGCACAGAACUCCCUGGAGGGUGGAGAUGGAGCACCUGCCCCCCAUGGCAGGGUACACUCUCCCCACAGCCUUCCUCCCCACCAUCCCGUGGGGACUCUCGGGAUUUAAGCACUCGUCUCUCUGGGAGGCCCAGACCCCACUCCAUUUGUAGGCACAUCUCCUUCAUUUCCUAGGUCACUGCCCCUUUGUUUACAGCUCCUGCCUCCUCCCUUGACCACAGCCUGGUUUACAAAUUCCAUCAGCUCCCAGCCCCACCUGCCAAAGUCCCAGGUUUACAAGCCACGCUUACUUGCUGUGUCUGCGUGGAAUUCUCUCCUCUGUCCCCUCCAGUCUCCUCAUUGGAGUGAACUGAAGGUGUGGCUUCCUCCACUUUUUCUCAGUAUUACUUUGCCUUAGUUUUCCCCAAGAGGGAAGGCUGGAAAUCUUAACUCUGUACCCCUUGAUAGUUAUUUAAUUCUGUUUCUCCUAGUGGUUCACAAUUGAACUGAAUUGAGAUGGUGUCGGGUGGCUAAGGAGACACCUCACCUCUCCUUCCCCAUUGUGCCGCCUUUAUCAAUUGCCUGUUUUGUUUUGUUUGUUUUUUAACUUUCCAUAAUAAAAUGGAGUUCUCUUCAA